AGAGUAAUAUGGCAGUAGAUGGUCUGCUCUCUUCAGUUCCAGUGGAAGAACUAAGGGGCGAUAAAGAAGAGUUAUAUAAAUAUCAGUUGGUUCCUACGUGCUGAUUCUGUUAUAUGGAAGCAUGAAGAGUUGCACAUUACUUUCUCAAGCGCACAAAGGUAACUUACUGCCAUCAUGUGCUGGAAAGUUGCUUUGUGCAAGAUUUCAGUCUACUGAUGCACCCAAGAAAACGAAAUUUGGCCCUCUUAAGGAUGAUGAUAGAAUCUUCACAAAUUUGUAUGGAAGACAUGACUGGCACCUUAAGGGUGCUCUUGCAAGGGGUGACUGGUAUAAAACCAAAGAGAUCUUGUUGAAAGGAACUGAUUGGAUUCUUAAGGAAGUAAGCAAGUCUGGACUCAGAGGAAGGGGCGGUGCAGGUUUCCCUGCUGGCAUGAAAUGGGGGUUCAUGAACAAGCCAUCCGAUGGCCGUCCAAAAUAUCUUGUCGUCAACGCUGAUGAAGGUGAACCAGGAACUUGCAAAGAUCGAGAAAUAAUGAGACAUGAUCCUCACAAAUUGAUAGAAGGUUGUUUAGUUGCCGGACGAUCGAUGGGAGCAAGAGCCGCUUAUAUUUACAUCAGGGGAGAAUUUUACAAUGAAGCCUCCAAUAUGCAGGUGGCAAUAAACGAGGCUUACAAAGCUGGGCUUAUAGGAAGAAACGCCUGUGGUACUGGUUAUGAUUUCGACAUUUUCAUGCAUCGUGGUGCUGGUGCAUACAUUUGCGGAGAGGAAACUGCCCUAAUUGAGAGCCUUGAGGGAAAGCAAGGUAAACCUCGAAUGAAGCCUCCAUUCCCAGCUGAUAUCGGCCUAUUUGGUUGUCCAACAACUGUGGCAAAUGUGGAAACUGUUGCAGUAGCACCGACAAUUUGCCGAAGAGGCGGUGAUUGGUUUGCGUCAUUUGGAAGAGAAAGGAACCGUGGAACGAAGCUUUUCAAUAUUUCUGGACACGUGAAUAAUCCAACAACUGUGGAGGAAGAAAUGUCCAUCCCUCUGAAGGAGUUGAUUGAAAGGCAUGCUGGGGGCGUUAUCGGUGGAUGGGAGAAUCUAAAAGCUGUUAUCCCUGGUGGCUCCUCUGUCCCGUUAAUUCCUAGAAGUGUUGCCGAAGAAGCAUUGAUGGAUUUUGACUCGUUGAUUGCUUGUCAAUCAGGACUGGGAACAGGAGCUGUGAUUGUCAUGAAUCAACAGGCUGAUGUCGUCAACUGCAUUGCUCGAUUGUUAAAGUUCUAUCAACACGAGAGCUGUGGCCAGUGCACUCCAUGUAGGGAAGGAACUGGCUGGAUGACGAAAAUUCUAUACCGGUUUGUUGAGGGCAAAGCUAAACCUGACGAAAUCGAUAUGAUAUGGGAACUGAGUAAGCAGAUUGAGGGUCAUACAAUUUGUGCAUUAGGUGAUGCCGCUGCCUGGCCUGUGCAGGGAUUAAUUCGACACUUCCGUCCUGAACUUGAAGAGAGAAUGGCGAAAUAUGAAGAGGAACAGGCCAAGAUGGCUGCCACUGCUUAGAUGCAAACAUUAUGUUUUAAAAUGAAUCUGAAUGAUGCUGUGUGUACAUGGUAAAAUCUGGAAUUAUACAUGCGCUGUAUCUUAUGAUCUCAAGUGCAGCAAAGAAAGUUUCAUAAUUGUAAAGAGAAGCGUGUUAUUUGAAAUAUUAAUUAAUGUACUGUUCUGUAACAA